UUUUUUUCUUUCCUUUUUUUUUAUUUUUCUUUUUUCUUUUUUCAAACUACUUUAUAUAUCUUUAUUAUGCUUUUAUCAAAGUGUCGUCCUUUAGUAUCUCGUAUUCAAAUUCCUCGAACAGCCUCCAUUUCACUUUUUCACACUAAUCGUAUUAUACAAUCGGCUACUUAUCCUUCUAACGUAUCCAUUAAUAAUAACGACAACAACAACAACAAUAAUAAUAAUAAUGCUGCUUUAUUUGCUUUUGGUAGUCGAUUAGGACUUCAAAAUUUAUCUCCUCAACUUUUACAACAAGCUGUCACUCAUGCCACUUUUGAUGCUGAACAUAAUAAUCAAGCUCUUUCUUUCUUGGGAAAACAAGCUAUUCUUUAUUAUACAACUGAAUAUCUUCAUUGCAAAUAUCCUGAUUUACCAGUUGAUUGUUUCAAAUACGCUACUUCUGCAUACACCUCUGCCAAAGCAACAAAUAGUUUAGGUCAUCAACUUGGUUUACAACAUGUUAUGCGUUGGGAACGUCCUCAGACAGCUGAAGAUAGUGUAAUGGAUGGUCAUGCUUAUGCCAUGUGUAGUUGUAUUAAUGCUUUAGUAGGUGCCGUAUAUCAAGAACAAGGUCCUGAUGCUGCUAAGAAAAUGGUACAUGAUUAUAUUCUUAACAACCGAACAAUUGAUCUUCUUCCCGCUUUCAGGAGGAUGGAAGCUAAACGUAGUCUUAGUGCCUUGUUGAAUCGAUCCAAAAAGGAACGUGCCGUAUCUCGCUUAUUAUCAGAAACUGGUCGUAAAUCAAGCUCUCCUGUCUUUGUCGUUGGUGUCUUUUCUGGUAAUAAAAAAUUGGGUGAAGGAUUUGGUAGUUCUUUGAAAAUGGCUGAACAUCGUGCUUGCCGUGAUGCCUUGAUGAAUCAUUAUGCUCAGGAACAAAAGGAUUACAUUUUACCCUCCGAUGCUCAUCUUGUUGACUCUUAUGUACCUCCUGUUCUUGGUGAUACUGAAGCAAUUGUUUAGAUCUUUUUUUAUUAUUAUUAUUAUCAUCCUUUUAUAUAUAGAUAUAUAUAUUCGUAUAGAAUCAGUGACACUUUUAUCAUCAUCAUAUAUAUUUUCUUUUUUUGACUCUCUUAUUCAUCAUGUACAUUUUGAACAAAAUAAACAAAUAAAAAAAAA